AUGGCGACCAGAGGACUGCAACCCUCGUCGGCUGACGGACAGCUCCCAAAGCUGAAAAUCUACAAUAGCUUCACCAGAACGAAAGACGACUUCGUGCCCAUCGAUCCUGCCGGCAAGAAGGUUUCCUGGUACACCUGCGGUCCUACUGUCUACGACGAUGCCCACCUUGGCCAUGCACGCAACUUUGUCACGACCGACAUCCUCCGGCGCAUCAUGAAGGACUACUUUGGCUUCGACGUCAACUUCGUCAUGAACUCUACCGACAUUGACGACAAGAUCAUUCUCAGAGCCCGUCAACAAUACCUCCUGGCUCGCUUCAAGAAGGACCACGCUCAAGUCGACGACAAUGUCAGAUCCAUGGCACGCGCUGCAUUCCAUCACCACAUCAAGAAGAACAUCACCUCAAUACCGACCGACACGACCCCCGAGAAGUUUGACGCUGCUGUGAAAAGCGCUCAUGGCGAUUACGCUGCCGAUUCUGCCCUCGAUCCCAAGCUACGCAUGCACCUCGCAACCGCAAGUCUAGCUGCCAAAGCAUUGCAAGUCACAUCUGCAUCAUCAGAAGACUUCUACACAAAGACGGACGAUAUUCUGCUACCAUACAUCGACUCUCUGCAAGGCUCAGACAUCGAUUCCAACGACCACCACAUCUUCCUCGCCCUGACUCAAAAGUACGAAGGCCGUUUCUUCGAAGACAUGACUGCCCUCAAUGUCCUGUAUCCCGACACUUUGACUCGCGUCACCGAGUACGUCCCUCAGAUUGUGAGCUUCGUCGAAAAGAUUGUCAACAAUGGAUUUGCAUACGCCACCACCGACGGAUCUGUCUACUUUGACAUUGAUGCCUUUGAGAAGGCUGGAUAUCAAUAUCCCAGACUGGAGCCAUGGAGCAGAAACGACAAGGCUCUGCAGGCAGAAGGCGAAGGUUCUCUUUCAACCAGUGCAACCAAACGCGGCGACAACCACUUUGCCUUGUGGAAGGCUAGCAAAGCUGGCGAGCCAAGCUGGCCUAGUCCAUGGGGUCCUGGUCGUCCUGGCUGGCAUAUUGAGUGCUCAGUCAUGGCAUCAGAGGUCAUUGGCAAGUCCAUGGAUAUCCACUCUGGCGGUAUCGAUCUUAGGUUCCCUCAUCACGAGAACGAGGUUGCGCAAUCAACUGCUUACUUCUGCAACGAUGGUUGGGUCAACUAUUUCAUGCACACCGGUCAUCUUCGCAUUCAGGGCAUGAAGAUGUCCAAGUCGCUCAAGAACUUCACCACCAUCAGAGCAGCAUUGGCCUCGGAGUGGACGCCGCGCACUAUGCGUAUCUGCUUCCUUCUCGGACCAUGGCAAGACGGAUUUGAAAUGACUGACGAUCUGUUCAAAGCUACAAUCGCCUGGGAAAGCAAGAUGAACAACUUCUUUCUGAAGGCAAGCGACCUUGUCAAGGAUGAGACAGAUUCAAGCGAGUCUUCGUCGAGUGAGACUGAGCAGCAGUUGCAAAGCUUGUUGUCAACAGCCCAGACUGAGCUGGACGCCGCUCUUCGUGACUCGUUCAACACACCCGCCGCUAUGAGAAUCCUCUCCGAUCUCGUCACUGAAUACAACUCCGUCAAGGGUCUCAGCCCUGCUGUAGUUGCAUCGCUGGCAAGAUGGAUCACUCAAAUCGUCGGCAUGUUCGGCCUGGACCCUGAGAACAACCUUUCUGAUUCAAAGCGUAUCGGCUGGUCAGGCGUCGACAUCUCAGCCUCCGCAAAAGCAUACGUGUACCCUGCCUCUCAACUCCGCGAUAAAGUCAGAGUGCUUGCCCGCACAGGCUCCCUCGAACACCAAACUCUUGAGCAACUCGCCGACGACACGGAUAUUCCGACAUGCACAGACGAAGCCUCCAAGCCCUUCGCUACGGUGUCCCAACAGUUCAAGACUGAUGUCAAAGACCUCGCUUCCAAGGGAGCUUCGGCCUCUGACUUGCUCACCCUGUGCGAUCAGCUCCGCGACACACAUCUCUGGAACCUCGGCAUCUACCUCGAAGACCGCGAUCAGAGCUCCGCCAUGGUGCGGCCCCUCGACGCUUCUCUGGUCGCAGCGCGUGAAGAGCGUGAAGCCAUCAUUGCCGCCAAGAAGAAAGCCAAGGAGGCAGAAGCGGAAAGAGUAAAGGCAUUGCAGGAAAAGGCCAAAAUUGACCCUGCAACCAUGUUCAAGACAAAGGAGUUUUCCGAGUGGGAUGAGGCUGGUGUGCCGACUAAAGAUGCAGAGGGUAAGGAGGUUGCGAAGAGCAGGAGGAAGAAGUUGGUCAAGGAGUGGGAGAGACAGAAGAAGGCUCAUGAUGAGUAUUUGGCUUCGCAAAAGGCUUGA